GAAAGUUUGAUUGAAGUGACAAUAAUGUUGAUGUGAAUUGCCGGUAAAAUUGAAUCACAAUGCUAUUAUAACAACGAAAUAAACAUUGAAAAAAAGAGAAUUAACAAUGAAAACUCAAUUAAAUUUUGUAGAAAUAUUAACAUGUUUCUGUGUAUGGACUAGUGCUAAUUUAUAUUCGUUGUUCAAGUUAACAGAGGCUCAAUCGGAAAUAUUAAAUGGGAAUAACGGAGAUAUAAGUAAAAUCAGAGAUCUCCAACCAGGUUGGGGUUUUAUUCAAAGGCACAGAGAUGUAUCAGAUAUUGAAUGGAGUAGUUGGAAAUAUUUUAUUUAUACGUCAUUGGGUUACAUGAUAUUACAAUUUUUUAUUUCGGAAAUAAUACGCAGGUUGGCAUUGCCCUUGUUAAAAUACUGGUACAUCCUGUCAAGUACAAUUUUCAUUGUUUAUAAAAUGGGAAUCAGACAAUUGGUUAUAGUUUUAAUACAACCCAUUUUAUAUGGUACUAUAAUAUUUUUGGGUGGUAAUAAACAAAGUGUAUGGCUAAUCAGUUUAUUGCUUCUCGGAAGUUACAAUUCCUUAAAGUACAAACAAUUUUUUUGGAAUUAUUUGGAAUAUGAAGAAAUGCAAGAUGAAGAAGUUUAUCUUAUAUUAUUUAGUGUGGCAUGGAUUGAACUAAGAUGCAUUAGUUAUAGUAUAGAUUAUAUAGAGAAGAGAGACAAGGAUGAGACAUGUACAAUCUCCUUUUGGCAUGACAUAAUAAAUAUGUUAAGUUACAUAUUAUAUUUACCUCUUUUGUACACGGGACCUGUUAUACUAUAUGCAGAAUUUGAGAAGAGUUUAAAAAACAAGGGUGGACACCUAUGGUUAAGACUGAAACAAUUUAUUUUUGAUUUGUUUGUAUUCAAACUGUAUACAUUUAUUUUAGACAUUGCAUUUCAUUAUUUUUAUUUUUUUGCUAUGCAAGAUAAUAUGGAGUUGAUUAGAAAAAUGCCAACUAUAGCUUUAUGUGGAGGAGGUCUUUGGAUGGGUUUAGAGUUUCAUAUGAAGUAUGUUAUAUCAUAUGGAACCACAACAGCCUUUGCGAAGCUUGACAAUAUAGAAACUCCACCGAUGCCAAGAUGUAUUGUGAGGGUUCAUAUUUAUUCACAAAUGUGGAGAUAUUUUGAUGUUGGACUUUAUCGCUUCCUUGUAAAAUACAUCUACAAGCCCGGGCUGGCUAUUAUUUCAAAAUCAUUGACCCUACCAAAAACAGCAUAUAAACUGCUCGCCUCAUUAGCCACUUUUGUGUUUAUAUUUAUGUGGCAUGGAACUGUUUGGCAUAUAUUUGUUUGGUCAAUAUUAAAUUAUAUAGGUAUCACAUUAGAACACAUAGGUAAAGAAUUGUCAAAACACAAAAAGUACAUAUGGUUCAAGACAAAUGUUUUAAAGACUGAAAAAAUGGAGGCAUGCCUUAUUGCAUUAUUAUGUACUCCAUUGUUAGCUUUGUCGGCUAUUUCCAAUUUUUAUUUAUUCGCUGGAUCUGAAGUUGGGGAUUUAUAUUUUGAAUGUUUUUUAAAUCCAUCAUUGUGGAAUAGUUUAUUAAUUAGUAUAUCAUUGUAUUGUUGUUGCCAUGUUUCAAUGGCAUUGGUUGAUGUACCUUCUAGAGGGGGCACACAGACAACUGUUAAGAUGUAUGAAAAUAAUUCAUACUAGUGUUUUUAUUUGAAUUGAAUUGGACGGUAAUUAUUAAUAGUUCCUUUUAUUUUUAUCACAUUUGAAGUACAUAUUAAAUUAAGGUUGUGUCGCUUUACGCUUUUAUUGCCUUCAUAAUUUAUUUUGUAUACA